AUGGAGCUAUCAACAGAAAAUGGUGAAGUGAGAAUGAGAAAGAGAGAGAUCUGUUGUGGCUACGCUCAUGCACUGCCUCUUCCCUGGCUCUCACAAUUGUCCAGCUCCUUCCGCAAGCAUGACCGUAGUCAUAUAAUGAAACUUUAUUAUGGACAGGAUAUUGAUUCCAUUAGCGGUUCAGAAACAUGGGGUAAACUCAUUGUUGAGAUCUUUAGCUUUCUGACAAGUGUGUGA